AUGGAUGAGUCGGGCAAGGUGCUGGAAAACGGCAAGCCACGCGAGACACGAGAGUUCAAUGGCAAGACAUACUUGAUGGAGACCGCGUUGACGGGCGAUGUGGCGAUUAUUCGGGCGUGGAAGGCGGAUGAGGCUGGGAACUGCGUGUUCCGGUAUACAACGAAGGCCUUCGGUCCCAUCAUGGCCAAGGCAGCGACCCUGACUAUUGUUGAAGCCGAAAACAUUGUACCCAUUGGUUCCAUUGACCCGAAUGAUGUGGAUCUUCCCGGUAUCUUCGUGGACCGUAUUGUGCCGGCAACUGACGAGAAGCAUGUUGAGAUCAAGAAGCUGCGCUCUAAUGAACACAGCGCGACUGAAUCCACUCAGGACGCAGCCUUGAUUGAGAGAAACCGGAUCGCGCGACGGGCGGCCAAGGAGCUCAAGAAGGGGUACUAUGUCAACCUGGGUGUCGGCAUACCCACUCUGGCACCGUCGUACUUGCCCAAGGAUGUCAAGGUCUGGAUUCAGUCGGAGAAUGGUAUCCUGGGAAUGGGUGCAUAUCCCACGGAAGAAGAAUUAGAUCCGGACAUCAUCAACGCUGGAAAAGAAACCGUCACACUUGUUCCCGGUGCCGCCACAUUUGACAGCACCGAAUCAUUCGGUAUGAUCCGUGGUGGCCAUGUGGACGUGUCUAUUCUCGGUGCCCUGCAAGUCAGCGCCAACGGUGACCUGGCCAACUACAUGAUCCCCGGCAAGGUGUUCAAGGGAAUGGGCGGAGCCAUGGACCUGAUAUCAAACCCGGAAAAGACCAAGAUUGUCGUGGCCACCAGCCAUGUGGCCAAGGAUGGCUCCCCCAAGAUUGUCCAGGAGUGUAGCCUGCCAUUGACGGGUGCCAAUGUGGUCAGCACUAUCAUUACUGACUUGUGUGUCUUCCAGGUCAACCGGGCCACUGGAGAGCUCACUCUGACCGAACUGGCACCGGGUGUGGAGGUCGAGGAGGUGCAGCAGAAGACCGGGGCCAAGUUUAGCAUUGCUGAGAACCUGGAGAUCAUGGAAUAA